AUGAAUAUUCCGUUAUUAACAUCGGAUACUAUUUUUAUUUUAUUACUUUCCUUACAACGUAUUUGUCGUAAUUUAUCUGAUAUACUUAAUGCAUUAGAAGUCGAUGUUAAUUCAUUUCGACGUGUACUAACAGAAUUUUCAUCAACAAUUCCUGAAUCAUCAUCAUCUUCAUCAAAUAUUGACGACGACGAAGAAAAUAAUAAUUAUGAAUUUGAAAAAAAAGAAGAUUUUUAUGAACAAUUAUUUGAUGAACAACUUGAACCAAAACCAUUACGUGUUACAACGCUUUAA